AUGGGCUCCCAGGCUCGGCGGCCCGCCGGGCCGGAGCCAGAGCAGGACGGCGCCGACGACGCAAGCGACGCCGCGGACAGCGAUGCCGCCAGGGAGGCCGGCGAGGGCGCGGACCCGAGGCGGCAGCUGUUCCGCCAGACGAGUGCGGCAGGCUCCCGCCCGGCCUCCGACGCCGACGAGUGGUCGGAUGGCAGCGCCGGCCAGGACACCCAGGCCCUGGCAGUCGCCUGGGCGCAGGCGGCCGACCCCACGCGCACGGAGUCCCCGGCUGCGUUCUGGGCGCAGUUCUCCGAACAUGACGCCGCGGAGGACGCCGCCGCGCUGGUUCUGGACAGGGAGGACGACGGCGGCGGCCACGGUGGCGGCGACGCCACGCCGGAGGAGGCAGGGCCGCCGCCCAGGGCGGAGAUGGACAGGCACGACGCGCUGGCCCAGGCGCUGGAGCAGCUGUCGCCGCGCACGCUCGCGCGCCUGCUCGGCCGGGCGCAGAAGAGCGACCUGCUGCGGGCCAGCGGCUCGGAGCCGGACGCAUCCAACGGCAGCUGCCCGGGCACCCCUCCGGUGGAGGGCGCCGGCCCCGAGCGCCCUCCGCUGCCGCCGGGAGCCCGCUGGGUCUCGCAGGAGGAGGCGGCGCUCGCGCGCUCGAAUGCGGCGCCGAGGCAGGACCAGCAGGGCCAGGCCACGUCCAUGGCGUUGCUGGCGCUGGCGGCGGGGGGCAGGUCCAAGAAGCCGGGGUUCCUGCUGUCCACGAGGUCGAAGGCUGCUGGCGCGCCGCUGUCCAGGGCCUGCAAGCUGCGCCCGAAGGCCCGGGUGGAGCCGAGGGUCGACACGGGGCUCCGGGGCAGCAGGCGCUCGUCGCUGGACCCCCGCGCGUCGGGCAGCGACGGCGCGGAGCCGUCGGAGGCCGAGGCCUCCCCGAAGUCGCCGCCGUUGGCGCCGCCGCCGGCUCCGCCGGGCGCCUCCGCGGAGGCGCCCCGAGCACCCCCGCCGGAGCCGGCCGACCCGCCCAAGAAAGGUAAAGGCAAAGGCAAGGGCCCGCCCCCGCCGCCGAAAGCGAAGGCCCCAGAGGCGCCGCCCGAGAAGAAGGAGGAGCCCGAGCAGAAGCCGCCCGAGAAGGGCAAGGGGAAGAAGGGGCCAGCUCCCCCAGCGCCCAAGGCGGAGGGCCCCGCCGAAGGCGCGGGCAAGGCGAAGGGCAAGGGCAAGGCCCCGCCUCCGAAGGCCAAGGCCGCCGCGAAGGCGCCGCCCACGAAGAAGGACGAGGAGGAGGGGGCGCACGCUCGCCGGCAGCUCGCGAAGCUGAAGCCGCUGGGCUGGCAGAAGAUCUUGAACACGGAGGGCACCAUCUGGGGAGAAGAGGACAACGACGCGGACAUGCAAGGCUCCCCGACGGGAUGA